AUGUGGAAAAUUUUAUUUUUAUAUGGUUUCAGUACUUUAUCAAAUCUUAACGCUAAUUACCUUGAAAAUGAAUCUACUUUAGACAUUAAUAAUGAAUUCGAACAAUUUAAGAAGAUAAAUAAUAAGACGUACAGUCGUAAUUUUGAUGAAACACGUAGUCUAAAAGCAUUUGAAGUAAACUAUAAAAUAAUAAAAGACCAUAAUAAAAAUUAUCAGGACGGUCAGACUACAUUCAGGUUAGCAACAAAUAUUAUGGCUGACAUGAGUACAGAGGGUUAUUUAAAAAAUUUUCUACGUUUAUUGAAAAGUCAAUCAAACGUGGCCGACGAUAAUAUUGCUGAAAUAGUUGGAUCGUCACAAAUGACUAACAUCCCCGAAAGUCUGGAUUGGCGGAGAAAAGGGUUCACGACCCCAUCACAGAAUCAACAAAGCUGUGGCUCAUGCUACGCUUUCAGUAUUGCUGAAAGCAUUGAAGGACAGAUUUUUAAACGCACAGGAAAAAUAUUGAGCUUAAGCGAACAACAAAUUGUAGACUGCAGUGUGUCUCAUGGAAAUCAAGGAUGCACUGGAGGAUCUUUACGGAACACUUUAAAAUACUUACAGAGCACAGGCGGUAUAAUGAGAUCGGAUGAUUACAAAUACGUUUCAAAGAAAGGGAAAUGCCAGUUUGUAAGGGACCUUUCCGUCGUUAAUAUUACUUCUUGGGCUAUACUACCAGUUAAUAAUGAACAGGCAAUUCAAGCUGCUGUGGCACAUAUCGGUCCUAUUGCUGUUUCAAUAAAUGCCACUCCAAGGACAUUUCAAUUAUAUAGUGACGGCAUUUAUGACGACGCUUCAUGUGUGUCCACAUCUGUAAAUCACGCAAUGUUGGUAAUUGGAUUCGGAAAGGAUUUUUGGAUAUUAAAGAACUGGUGGGGCGACCGUUGGGGAGAAUCUGGCUACAUGAGAUUGAAGAAAGGCAUAAAUUUAUGUGGAAUUGCGAAUUACGCUGCGUAUGCAAUUGUGUGA